AUGAGCCGCGGAUGGGACAUGGUACUAAGCCGAAUAGCGAUAAUGGCCCCGAGUAUGGUUGAAUUAAUGUUCACACUGACUGUUCAGUCACGGGCUGUUGCAUCGACUCAUGAUUACUCUUGCUCACUGUUUGCGUCCCUAGGUCCCCAGAUCAGUUGGCGCACUGUGUUUAUUGUCGAAUACUUCGGCCCUCUAGUGAUUCCAAUUCUUUUCCUCUACCCACUCCGCCCGUACCUCUAUUACAACUUUGAUAAUAUUCCCCAGCCAACUGACAUUCAACGUCUUGUCUGUGCGCUUCUCGUCGUGCACUUCCUGAAGCGCGAAUACGAAACCGUCUUCGUCCACCGCUUCAGCAAUGCUACGAUGCCGGCGCGCAAUAUCGUCAAGAACAGCGGUCACUAUUGGCUUCUAGCCGGCUGCAACAUCGCCUACUGGGUUUUCCGACCUGAUUCAAGUGCGGCAACUGGGCGCGUCAGCCCUGCCCUAGUCUACACUGGUCUCGCCCUCUACGUAUUCGGAGAACUGGCAAACCUCAACACUCACUUGGUGCUACGUAACCUCCGCCGCCCAGGUACUACCGAACGGGGUAUCCCUUCCGGAUUCGGUUUCAGCGCUGUGACUUGCCCGAACUACUUUUUCGAGGUUGUCUCUUGGGUUGGCGUUUACCUUGUCAGUGGGCUGAGUUGGAGCGUGUUGUUCUUUAUCGCCGUCGCAGCUGGGCAGAUGGCUCUUUGGGCAAAGAAGAAAGAGCGUAACUACCGGAAAGAGUUUGGCGAUAAGUACAAGCGAAAGAGAUAUGCCAUGAUCCCCGGUUUGAUUUAG